UUCACACUUCCUGGUUCCGGUAAGCGAAGCAGUGUAUCACAACAUCCGGUUCAAUGCAACGCAGUAAGAAAGAAUGGCUGAGUCGUCUCAUCGCUGUUAUUGCAGCGUUCCCGGCUGCUCAAACUCAAAACAACGUCACCCUUACCUCAGUUUCCACGAUUUCCCGAAAGAUGAAGAACAGAGGAAGUCAUGGGUAAAAUUUAUCAGACGGGAUGAAGGUCCUUUGUUUCAAAUUAAACGCGGGAGUACGUUCGUGUGCAGUAUGCACUUCAAAGCGGACGAUAUUUACACUACCAAAAGUGGAAGGAGGAAGAUAAAUCCUGGUGCUGCACCUCGCCUUUUUUCCUGGAAUGACUGGAGUACAGACCGAGUUACACGUGAGUCACCUUUUCAACGGGCAAGUACUCGGCUUGGUGUUGAUGUUCGUGUUGACCGCACUGCUCCAGCCGUAGCUGUGCCGAUACUCCCUCAAGCAGACCACGACUAUGCAUGUCAACCAUCACCUGGACAUUUGGAUGCUGCUGCUCAAAGAAUCAGAGAGCUAGAGGCCAAGGUCAGACAGUUAGAAGUCCAACUCUGUGAUCUAUCUGCCUCAAAAUUACACAUUAACAGAUACUGUGCAACUGAUGAGGACUUUAGAUUUUACACUCGAUUCCCAUCUGAGAAAGUAUUCUGGAUAUUUUGGGAAUCAGUUGCCCCAUCAGCCUCCAAAUUAGUGUACUGGAGUAAAGCACAGAGAAACAGUGGUGCUGUGGAUGUUGAAAAAGGAGGUUCAACCCGUAAACUUGCGCUUGUGGAUGAGCUGUUCCUGUACUGCUGUCGUGUUGCUGCUGGCCUUAAAGAGAAGGUUAUAGCAGACAUUUUUGGCAUCAGUACCGCCACUGUGAGCAGAGUGAUCAUCACAUGGGCCAACUAUUUAUACCUUGUCUUGGGGUCACUGCCUAUCUGGAUGUCAAGGGAACAGGUCACACAACUGAUGCCAGCUAAAUUUGCAGAAUACUGUCCAAAUCUGAGAGUGAUUGUGGACUGCACAGAAAUUAGAUGCGAAUCUCCAUCAUCGCUUACAUUACAGUCUGAAACAUUUUCAGUCUACAAAAAUCACACCACUUUCAAGGCUCUGAUAGGUAUUGCCCCAUGUGGUGUAAUCACCUUUGUUUCCAAGCUCUUCACCGGGUCAAUAUCUGACCAAGAAAUAACCAAGCAGUGUGGAAUUCUCCAACUACUUGAACCUGGAGAUGCAUGCAUGGCCGAUAAAGGCUUUGUCAUUGAUCAGAUGCUGUCAGAUGUUGGUGCAAGCCUCAUCAUCCCUCCAUUCAAAAGAGGUGCAUGCUUCAGCAAGGAGAACACAGAAAAAACACAAAGUAUUGCCCGUCUAAGAAUUCUGGUAGAGAGAGCUAUCAGGAGAAUAAAAGAGUACCAUAUCUGGGACACAACUGUUCCUCUUACACUUUCAGGUUCUGUUAAUCAGCUAUGGACAACCUGCUGUUUAAUGUCCAAUUUCCAAUAUCCACUGGAUACAAAAGACCACAUCUGUGUGUAAAAAAUGAAGUGAACAAAGGUGAA